AACAUAGACUACGGUGGCCCACUGCCCUCGCGCAUCAUUCGACCUCCGCGAACCGCAGUCUCGGCAUCACCGCCCUGAACUGUAUACGCGUCCGGGAGCUCGACUCUCGUAGCGACUCGACGAACAGGAUAAGUUAAGCGAGCACAAUGCCUUUCAAACCUGCAGAUAACCCCAAGUGUCCGAAAUGCGGCAAGUCCGUAUACGCGGCAGAAGAACGUGUCGCUGGCGGACUCAAAUGGCACAAGAUGUGUUUCAAAUGCGGUCUUUGCCAGAAAUUACUGGAUUCCACCAACUGCUCAGAGCACGAAGGUGAACUUUACUGCAAAGUUUGCCAUGCGCGUAAAUUCGGACCUAAAGGCUAUGGCUUUGGCGGCGGUGCUGGCUGCCUGUCCAUGGACACCGGUGAUCACCUUAAAGGCGAGAACGCGGGCGUACGAACGAAUGGAGCCUGUUUGGAGCCUCGUAUGAUUGCAAAGGCACCGCCAGGAGAAGGAUGUCCGCGUUGUGGUGGUUAUGUUUAUGCUGCCGAACAAAUGCUUGCUCGUGGAAAGGCAUGGCACAAGGAGUGCUUCAAAUGCGGCGACUGCCAAAAGCGGCUGGACUCUACCAACUGUUGCGAAGCCCCUGACAAAGACAUUUACUGCAAAGUUUGCUACGGUAAAAAGUUUGGACCCAAAGGAUACGGUUAUGGUAAAGGAGCUGGAGUUCUACAGAGUGAUCCUUAUGCUAAUGGUGAUCAGGCACCAAAAACUACGGUGAUUGAUACUGCCGCGAUACAAGCACCACCUGGCAAAGGUUGUCCACGAUGUGGUGGGGUUGUCUACGCCGCAGAACAAGUCCUUGCCAAAGGUCGCGAAUGGCAUCGCAAAUGUUUCAAAUGUCACGACUGCACCAAAACUUUGGAUUCAAUCAUUGCGUGUGACGGACCUGAUAAUGAUGUUUAUUGCAAAACUUGUUACGGAAAGAAAUGGGGACCUCACGGUUACGGUUUUGCAUGCGGCUCUGGAUUCCUUCAGACCGACGGCUUGUCCGAAGAAGAAAUUUCGGCUAACCGUCCUUAUUAUAAUUCGGAUACCACUUCUAUCAAAGCGCCAAAAGGACAAGGUUGCCCAAGAUGCGGUGGUAUGGUGUUUGCAGCGGAACAACAGCUGGCUAAGGGAACUAUGUGGCACAAGAAAUGCUUCAACUGCGCCGAAUGUCACCGGCCGCUGGACUCUAUGUUGGCUUGCGACGGUCCUGAUAAGGAAAUUCACUGCCGCUCAUGCUAUUCUAAACUCUUUGGACCAAGAGGAUUCGGCUAUGGACACGCGCCAACACUAGUUUGUACCGACUCCGAGCCAACUGUUACAUACACCGAACAGUUACCUUUCACGGGACAGAAGGCAGCUAAAGGGCAGGGUUGCCCUCGGUGUGGAUUCCCUGUAUAUGCUGCAGAGCAGAUGCAUUCAAAGAAUGGCACAUGGCACAGAAGGUGCUUCUCAUGUGCAGACUGCCACAGAUCUCUUGAUUCCACUAACCUAAAUGACGGGCCCAAUGGUGAAAUCUACUGCCGCGGAUGCUACGGUCGAAACUACGGGCCUAAAGGUGUUGGAUUUGGUAUUGGCGCAGGCACAUUGACCAUGGCUUAAUUUUAAUAUGAAGCUGGACUUUAUAAACUUACAGAAUGCGUGGUAGCAUGAAAGGAAUUUAAUCUAUUGCAUAACGCUACCUUUUGUUCAUCAUACCAUGUAUUAAACUGGUUUUAAUAAUGGUUGAUAAUAUCAAAUAAGACUCAUAAGUAAAAGAUUUAAUUAUUUGAUAAGGCGAAUAUUUUAUGAUAGGAAAAUAUAAAUUAAGGUUACAUUCCUUUCAUAUGUACAAACUGUGAUGAAUGUGUCUGGGCCCUUAGUUUAUAAAUUCGUCAUAAAAUAUCGUAGCGUAAGGUGCAUAGACUUAAUAGUUAUUAUAAGUACAUAAGGUAUUAAACAAUUAAAUAAAAUAAAUACAAAAAAAAAUAUAAAAAAUUCAACGACUUCAUCAAUGGCAUUGUGAAAAAUACCUAAAAUAUCACUUUUUUUGAUAUAAGGUAAACUAUCCUGUAAACGCGGCAAAGAUUGCAAUAUGCAAUCGUUUCGACCGACCAGAUCUCAUCGUGAAGAUCUGAAGCACAUAUAUAUUACUAUAUGUAUAUCUUUAUUUAAAAAAAAUUACACCAAAGAUUCUUUGUACAUACUGAUGUCAAUUAAUUUUUAAACAGCAGUAAGCUGUGCUAGGUUUAAUACCAAAUGCUUUGAAGCUUUCGCUGUGUAACAUAUAAAUAUUCAUAAAUUAAGGCAGCUUAUUGCAUUAUAUUGCGACUACAACUACAAUAUUUAUUACUUUUCUUUUUAUUAAAUAAAUGAGCACCAAUA